AUGGAAACCUGGUUUUGGAUUCUUGGCUGGUCUCUUUCCAUCGUAACCAUAGCUGGAAAUGGAUUUAUCAUUUUCCUUGUUUGUAGACGACGGCGGCUUCGAACUAAAACCAACGCGUUUGUCGUUUCACUUGCUAUGGCAGAUUUCUGUGUUGGGCUGAGUGCCGUUCCCCCACUUUUUGUCUGCAAGAAGACAACUGGAUGCGAUCCUGAAGCCCCUUUUGCCGACGGGGUGGAUUAUCUAAGGUGGCUGUUUACAUAUGCGUCUGUAACAAACUUAUGUAGUUUAGUCCUGGAUCGCUACAUAGCUGUUGUGAAGCCUCUCAAAUACAUAUUGUUCAUGACGCGCAGACGUGUUUCUCAGAUGAUUUUUAUUUCCUGGGCACUUUUAAUUCUUAUUUUUUUCGAUUUUCUCAUAUGGCUCGUUUUUAACGACAAUCGUUCUCUUUUCUUGAUUUCCUCUUGGAUAAUCAUGAUUUUUUUCGAGUUCCUGCCGUGUUGUGGUCUUAUCUUUUGCUUUGGUUUAAUGUUUCAAGUAGUUUAUAAACACAGUAAAGCCGCUCGUAUCCUAACUAAGCAACUCCGCUUUAAUCAACGAUUUUUGUUCAAAAGCGGGGAGAUGUCUGCUGUGAAAGUGAUGGGAAUUGUUAUAGGCCUCUUUACUCUUACUCACACGUUUUCUUUGCGAUGCAGUCUAGUACAUAUCCUGAAGAACAAACAGUUAUGUGAUGAUAAAGAAUAUAAAAUACCUCUCCUCGUUUUAAACUCUGCCAUAAACCCUGUUGCUUACGCUUUCUUCAAGAGGGACAUAAAAGAGGAGGUGGAAAGACGCAUUUGCUGUGUGGUCUUGAAGAAGAGAAAUAACAUUGAACCACUUAAUGAUUCAAGACUUUUUCCAAAUUAAUAGUUUAGAUCAUAACGUCAAACACGCAUAAUAAUAAUAAUAAAGGCAGACAGCAGCUGAUUUGGACUACACCCCUGCAACUAAAAUGCGAACGUUCAUAAAUGCUAAAAAAAAAAACUGAAGAAUAAACCUCUACAUCUCCAGUGACAGGUGUAUUAUUGUCAGUAUUUUGAAUUUGUUGUUUUCUAGAUCUAAGAUGACAAAAGGGGCAGCUAUGAACUGUCUACUGAUAACUCCUCCGCAAACUGUAACUAUUCAUCUGUUUUCAUUUCUCUCAUGGCCAUUUGUUUACAUUUUGAAGUAAAAUCAAGUUUUUCGCACAACAUGGGAAAUUUGUCGCGUAUCAGGAAAUAUGAGCUAAUAAAUAUGCUCUAGCUUUUGUAAGUGUCCUAAAAAAAUUAAAAAAAGGAAAAAAUUAAAACAUAUUACACAGCGUGCACAACUCUUUCAAGCUCUGAAGAAUUGCACUAUAACUUUCCUAUCAUCAUUUCAUCAUUAUCACAUUGAACCAACUUGGCUGUUGUGUUGUUUGGCUAUGGAUUGCUACAUUGCUGUUGUAAAGCCGUUGAAGUACUUAACGAUAAUGAAGCGCUGCCGAGUUUCCCACAUGACUUUUUUUCUUGGGCGAGCUCGAUUGCCAUUAUUAUCCCUUUUGUACUGA